GCACAUAUAUCAACAAAAACAAUAAGAGACCACGAGAAGAUGUCGAAACAUUGAAAUCACACACAAAAGUUUAUAAACAUACCACAAAUAAUGAGACAACCACGAAAAAUCUCAAAAAACGAAAGAUGGUAACAAUUCCUACAAAUGCCAUCGAAUUAAUACACCAGGACGAAGAAGAAGUCCAAAUCUUGAAAGUAAUUAACGUUAAUGACCCAACAAUAAAGUCAGAAAACGAGAACAUAACAAAAACCAAUAUACUUACCACAAAAGAUGAAGAUUAUCACAGGGAAACCACAAUAAGGACCGUGGAACCAAUUCCCACCCAGGAAGACCCAUCCAACCUGAAACAAAAAGAAAAAGUAAGGUCGGUCAAUGAAAACAGACAAAAACACAAAAUAGUGUCAAAUGAAACCCACACACUAAAGAAAAGUGAGGUAGACACAUUAAAUAUAAUAAAUAUAGCGAAAAGCAAACAAAACCACGCAGAAACUGCAUUACAUGUAAACCAAGUACAUGCAAACGCACCACAAAACGAAUUUCUUACGAGAAAUGAACCAAGUUCCACAAUAAUAAAGGAACAAGUACAAUCAAUAAGCAACAACAUUCAAAACCUGCAAAACCAAUUGCAGAGCUUAAUCGAUAAAGCUAAAACGCAAAUCGGCCCACGAAAGAACAAACCGAGUACAUUAAAUCAACUUAAAACUGAAUCUCUUACGCAGAUCAACAACGAUUCAUCAAUUGAAUCAACAAUAUCCGCUAAAAUUGCGAAUCAAAACAUUAAAUCGCACGAUCAUACUAUGUCAUGCGAUAACAGCCAUAAAAAGUCACUAGGACAAAAUACGAACAAUUGUGGAACGCGCCCAUAUGACAAAACGCGCGAACGCAACCACAAUCAGCUGACCAAGCCACGAGGUAACGUGAAAACGUCAAGUGAGCUGAUUAACACAGCCAAUUUAAUAAAACAAAACCACAACAUGGAACCCUACCUGCCAUACGAAAAACAAUGGUAUGACGCGCUAACUGAACGAGAAGAAGAGAUAAUGCAAGAAGCGGAAAGGCGAAAGGCGUGGAAGAAAAUCUUCGCCGCCAAGCGUCAAAGAAUCAGUGCGGGAACCGAAUUUUUAAACCGAACAUCGCCUGUCGACUUCAAUGACGAAGUAAGUGACGCGAUACGAAUACAAGAAGAGAGGUUAGAAAAACAGUACAACCAAAUGAUAAAAAAUUAUUAUAACGAGGACGAGGAAAAAACCACGUUCAUCGACAACUUCACGGUAAACGACGACAAGGACCAAUCAAAUUAUAAAGUAAAUGUGGUAAUCAAUAUUACAGACAUAAGGAAAAACAAAAACCCCAGAUCAAGAGAAUGUAUCAUCGAAUACAAACUCAAAAAGCACACCGCUUCAAAAAUAUACGGUUUGGGAGAACAAUACACCACAAACGAGGAGGAACAGUUACAAGUGGAAGACUCACCCACAACAAGCGCCGAAGUAGCUGUACAAUCAACAACAAAACAAACAAUAACAUUUUUGACCAACGUACGUACACAAAAACAAUCAGACUGGGAAUCUCCAACGCAGUCUCCGAAAAAUAAGAAGAGGAAUAAGCACGAAAAUUCCACAUCAAGCGAAAGCACCGCCAGUAACGAAAACACACCCACCGGUAAGAAAAAACAAAAAAUAAUAAAAUCAGAGGCCAAAUCAAAAAUAGCUAAAGCUCGAAAACGAAACGAACAAGGAAGAUUUGAGAAGAAAAAGGUUAUACCCACAAUCCUGAGCCAGGAAAUAAGGACAGGCAAAUAUACUAUAAUAAAUAACAAUUUUUCAACCACGAAACAACAAAAAAUCUGCGUUCAAGCAAGCUCAAACGCAGAUUUGGCGGGAAAAUUGCAACCGCGGGAAAAUUAUCCCGUGGUUGCACUUCAGAGGAUCCCAUGGGAAGGGGAGCCCCCCGUUGAGACAUCACCUAACCUGAAUAUGGCGCCGGAAAGUACAUACGAGGUGCCAGAACAAGGAAAGUCAAUUGAUGAGACAAUCCCGGACCAGGUAAAGCCGCAAGAUGACAGCCAGAGCGGCAGCGGCAACCAGGAGACGGAGGAAUCCACAAAAGAAGUAGAGGAGACAGCGGUUGCGCCCACGGACACAGCAAUCCCGGAUGACAACAAGACGGGAAUCUAACGCUACAUGACACGGGCAAGAAAACUUCAAAAGGAUCUCUUCUUAAUCUUACUUUAGUUUUAUUAUUAUUAUUUUGUAGCCAGUAUUAUUUUAUUAUCAUUCUAAAAUACACAAUUAUAAUUAUAACCACAAUUAUAAACAUAAAGUAUACCAUAAACUAGGUUAAGAUGUCUAACAACACGCAAUCAAACGAGACACAUAUAUUAUUAGCAAAACAAUUAAUUUUAAUUAUUAUUUCAAUAUUCGCAUUGUUAAUUAUAUUAAAAUUUAAUCAUAGCUUGUUAAAAUACCACAAGUUCAAAUGCGCCUUCCCGCGCUCACUUGUGGUAGUACCGCCAUCUUGGCGGAGCGAUACAUGGCGGCGUCCGAAAUAGGGGCCUCGACGAGAGAAGCCAAGCGUCGCCAUCAUGGUGGAAGUAACAUGGUGUGUGCAGUUUGCAAGCAUCUCUCUCUAAGUCUUUGCUCUCUCGCUUGUUUUCUGACCGUUCCGACCCCAGGUGUACCAAUCUUAUUUAAUUCCACAAAGUUGUUACAACUGAAUGUAGCUGUCUUCGUUGCACGCAUAUCAUGUUGUAUUCACUCGGUCUUUUUUUAUCGCAUACGUGAAUAUCGUACGAGAGCCUCGAACAGAAGGAAGAGUGUGAUUUGCAUAGAAAAGGACACAACGAACAUAUAGCAGAGUGCGA